GAUUAGAUUUUUCAACUGAAUAUCCUACUGACCGUGGACAUUUUGAAGAUAUUAUAAGCAGUGAUAUGAAAUACAGUAUAAUGAGUUAUGGUCCAUGCAGACCUAUUAUUAACUUUCCUUACUCACCAGAUGGUAGUGGAGUUUUAAGAAAAUUUUCAGCCAGUUAUUACAAUAUGACAACAAAAUCAGGUUUACAAAUUCCUCGAUUAUGGCUUUGUUAUUCUAUUUUAUUAAACCGUGUGUAUUGUGAGACGUGUUGGUUGUUUGCAAACAGAAACCAAAAAGGAUUCAAAAACAAUUGGAUUGUAGGGAUAAAUGACUGGCAUCACAUGAAUGACAAAAUUAAUGAUCAUGAAAAAUCCCAAACACAUAUUUAUGCCAGUAGUGUUCGACUUCAUUGUAUUUUGGAAUCUUAUGAUCUAAACGUGAAAAACUGUCGUGGACAAGGAUACGAUGGUGCAUCUGUUAUGAGUGGCAGUAAUAGUGGAGUCCAAAAACGUAUCAUGUCAGUGGCACCAAAUGCACCAUUUGUUCAUUGCUGCGCACAUAAUUUGAAUUUGGUGAUUUCUGAUGCAGCCAAAAGCACUCAAGUAGCAAAUCAUUUCUUUGCCACUGUUCAAGCUAUUUUUAACUUUUUUAGUUCUAGCGCUCCUCGGUGGGCCACGUUAGCUUUCAGUGAAGACUUUGCUUGCAAAAUUAGAAAGAAAGUAUUGAAAAAAAUAUGUCCAACUCGGUGGGAAGCCAGACACGAAUCAGUCUCAGCUCUUAAACAACGAUAUAUUGAUGUACUUAAGUCAUUGAUUAACAUAAGUUUAAUCAGUAAGAAGUCUGACGAACGAAGUGAAGCUCAAUCUUUACAAAAAAAAAUGGAAUCUUUUCAAUUUGUGUUGAUGUUGAGUGUUUGGGAAAACAUAUUACGACCACUUCAUGGUGUUUCAAAAAUGUUACAACGAGAUAUGAAUCUACAAAAUGCACGAGACAGAUUAAAAGAUGUUUAUUAUUUAAUAAAUGAAUUGAGAAAUAAUUAUGAAGAUAUAGUAAAUAAUGCCAAGUCAUUGUGUUUGAGAUGGAGAUUACCUGUUACAUAUACUGAACCUCGUCAGAUAUAUGCAAAAAAAACAUUUUGA